AUGAUCAGGUCAAUUGAAGGUAUCAAGAAUUUGAGCGGGCUCACGUACUUGAACCUUUCACAAAACGGCCUUGGUGGAGAGAUUGACUUCUCGAAAAUAGAUCUUCCGAACUUGCAAGAGCUUGAUAUUUCAGAGAAUAAGAUCCGUUCCAUAGUUGGCCUCGAUUGUUUACCAAACUUGAGAAUUCUCAACUUGAAUGAGAACAACCUCACCAAUUUGACAUGCAAUGGAUCACAUCCUCACCUCAAAAAAUUGCUCCUCAAGUUCAACAGAAUCAGACUGCUCGACUUGGAUCUGUUUCCGCUCUUGAGAAUAUUGAGGAUUGACGGAAAUGCACUUUCUAACAUAACUGACCUCCGCAAGCUCAAGUAUUUACAGGAAGUAUCAGCAAAGUGCCAGGAUAGAGCCGAUGUUGCUGCAAGCAUAUUCCAUGGUGCCAUCGACGUAAACUCGUUGGAUCUUUCAGGAAACAGAUUUGUAUCCAAGUUGUUUCAGACUGAACCUUCCAGCAUCACGAUGGAUCCUUUCAUGAAUCUCAAUAAGUUGAACUUGUCAGCAGUUGGUUUAACGACUAUUCCUGAGAGCUUCGGGGAGGUUUAUGCCAACGUGAGAGAACUCAAUUUGAAUUUCAACAGGUUGACUGAUAUCGCUGGUCUCGGAAACAUAAGAAGACUCAAGCGUCUCAAUCUUUUGAGCAACAACAUUGACCGCAUGGAGGUUGUGCUUACGAGUUUGACCAACUCCAGAAGAACGUUGAAGGUUCUUGACAUGAGAUUGAACUCGAUAAACUUCGAGCUCUACCCCUAUGUAUUCAAUCCUUUGGAGCGUGAUUCGACGUUGGAAGAAGAGCUUAGACUCAAACAUGGGCCAAUUCAGCUAGAGGCUUUGGAUGAUAUCGAGAACUUCUCGAUCCACUACAACACCUUGAUCAAGAGUAAGGAAGAGUGGGAACUGAGAGAUGAAGACUUUAUGGAAGGCUUAAAGGUAAAGGGCAAAACCAACAAGAUCAAAGAGCGUUUGAACUACGAAGCCAUUCUUUUGAAUUUCUUCCCACAUUUGAAAGAACUUGACGGUAGCACAACGACCCACACGCUUGUCUCAACCUCGCCUGCUAACCACUUCGUUGACUGCAGAAUCAGAAAGGAGCGUCUUCCACAUGUUCAGCAAGGCUCAGAGCCUGAGGACUUCGAGAAAGUCUUCGAUUGGGUCAUGACCGGCACUGAGGUCCCAAUUGAGGGUACCAACAAGAUCCACUUUAAGCAUGACAUCAACCUGAAGGAGGUGGUUGAAUCAGUGCAGUCUGGUAAGCCAAUUGAAGAAUGUAAGGAUGAAGAAGAUAUCGGUGAGUUCAGUCCGGUUGAAGGCAGUGAGGAUCGCCAGGAAACGGGCAUUCUGACCCAUCCUGUCACAGGCAAGCUCAAUCCCUACAUUGAGAUCUGGCGUUCCUUGGAUCCCGAGGAAAACUCGCCCGAACAGGAGGCUAGAGAGAAGCAAAAGAACGUCAAAAGCGUGGUCUGGGAAGUUGACCUGUCUAACCACAAGGGUAAGCUUGUGAGGCUCGGCAAUUGGGUCCAAGGCGUUAUCUAUGACAAGAACGAGAAGGUGCACCGCUUGAGCAUUUUGCGCAGUUAUUUCAACAACAAAACGGGCAAAUGGGAGGCGCAGAUCAAAUAUGGUCUCUUGGGCUUUCCUGAUUCGUUUGAUCUGAAAAUCGACGAAACCACGACUGCUGACGGUGUCACCUGGAAACCAUUCGAUACUAACUUCAGGUUAUUUAUUUUUGCCGUCAUUGUCAACAUCGUGAACUUGUUCACUCAGGUGUUUUUCACCAUCAUGUACUCCGACUUGGAGAGUGACUACAUCAACCCAAUUGAGUUGUGUCAUAAGUUGAACCCAUGGUUCAUCCCUGAGGCUUCUGUCCAUGCGUUCUUGACUGUCCUUUUCUUGGUCAAUGGCUUCUGGUUCGUCUUCUUGUUGAACUUGCCAUUGCUUGCAUUCAACAUCAACAAGUUCUACAACAAAAACCACUUGCUCGAUGCCACCGAGAUUUUCAGAACCUUGUCGAAGCAUAAGAAGGAGUCAUUCAUCAAGUUGGGUUUCCAUUUGUUGAUGUUCUUCUUCUACUUGUACAGAAUGAUCAUGGCCUUGGUUGCCGACGAGUAA